AUGGUACCGAUAAUGCAAGAUGAUGCAUUCACAUUUGAACAGCAUAUAUUUAACUCAUCAACAUCUCCAUCAGUAUCAUUAGAGGAUAAUAUCACCAAUAGUUUAUCAUCUCCACAAAAAUAUAUUUCAAACAGUAUGAAUAAUCUCAGCCAUAGCAAUGGCAAUAGCAAUGGUAAUAGUAGCCACGACCAUAUUAAUCCAUUUUAUGAUGACGAUUUUUCAAAUCAAUUUUCAUCAUCACCUCUAAAAUCAUUUCCAAGUCCUUCACCAUUAAAAAGAAUUGAUGGUUCACCAAUUAAAUUUAAUUAUCAAGAUUUUAAUCAUCAUAGUAGUGGUUUGGCAGAGUCCCCUUUAACACCAAAUAGAAGUUUUUCAGAUAGUUGGAUACAGAGUUCUUCAACACUUUCACUUUCGCAAUCACCUAGUUCAGACUUGUUUCUUACAAAUCAUUUAGUUUUCGACCAAAAUUCAAAUAACAAUAAUAACAAUACCGUUUUAAAUAAUAAUAAUAAUAGUUACAUUGAUAACAAUAAAAUCAAAGUAGAUAUAUUUUCACAAUCUUUAGAAUCAAAAUUAACCGCCCCAAAAAACAAUACAAAUAAUGAAAAUAAUAACGAUAAUAAUAAUUUAAUAUCAACUCCAAAAAGAAAAAUUAAUAUCCCAAAUUUAAAUAGUAUUAAAUGUAAACAUUGUGAUACAAAAAUGAAGCCAAAAUAUAUCAGUUUUGAUGAAGUUUUGUUUAUGUGUGGCACCAAUGGAUGUUUAUUUCCUAUGGAUGACGAAAAGUUGUCUGAUUUUUUUUUCCCAUCUUAUUUAUUCAAAAAGAAACAAAGAACAGUAUCAUCCCAGUAA